UUAUGAGAGAGAGCAAGAGAGAGAAGGGGGGCGAGAGAGAGAGAGAGCCAAGAUCUCUCAACACUGAUAGAUUUCAAUCGACUGAAGAUAUUUUUGAUUACAAAGUCAAUUCUUACUCUAAUAUAGCUCUGAAUCUUCGAGCUCCGGUGAUUUCUGUUCUGGUAAGCGCGAUUCAUGGCAGUUUUCCGGGGAUGAGGGCGCUGGAUUCACUACUUUUGGAUGAUAGCAGGUUCGUCAAUCGAAGAUCACAAAACGAAUGGACAGAAAUAGAGAAGGAAGAAGAGUUAAUAUGGCGGCAUCAAAUGGCUUGUCUAGAAGAAGACACAGAACUAGCAGUCUCAUAGACUCACCAGAGGGGGAUUGCUCUGUGGAGUUGCAGGAAACGGCGAGAUUACGAGAUCGAGGCAGCGUUAAGAAAGAUCGAGAUCGUGAACGGGAUAGAGACCGUGACCGUGACCGUGAGCGAGUGCGUGACCGUGACAGAGAUCGGUUAAGCAGGAGCAAGAGGAGGAGAGCUGAGAGGUUGAUGCACGGGAACAACAGGGAAAACGGCGUUGAUGAAAGCACCGAGGAAAGUGUGAAUGACGAAGAGGAAGAAGACGACGACGAUGGCGGUGGAGGAGCGGCAGAAAGAGUUGGAACCUCCAUGAGACUGCUUCCGCCAAAUCCUCCUUCUCUAUCUUCUUCGUCUAUAGCGAAUCAUCUCCAUCGAAAGAGCUUUCCGCCGCCGUCCACAAAUUUUAAGGCUGCGACGACCUCCCCGUGGAGACCCACCGACGACAUGAUUGGAGUGACGGUGCCUAGAAAAGCUCGGUCAGUAUGCGCUAAUAAGAGGUCUCAUGAUUGGAUCUCAAGUGUUAGUGGAGUCGGUGAAGAGCAAUUUCACCGGCAGACAUCGACAUCUCCAGCAAGAUCCAAUGGACCAAAUAUCCCGGCGAUGUCAUCUACAGCUCCGAUCUUACCAUCUUCUUCUAUGGCUUCUCUGAAAAAGAAGAUGAAGCAUAAUGGAACGAAGCAGAGGCCACUCAAGUCAAGUUCGAAGUCCUCGUCAGCUCAGGACGAGAUUGAGAUCGAGAUUGCGGAAGUGUUGUACGGGAUGUUAAGACAGCCACAGGUACCGUCAAAGCAAGAAGCCAUUGGAAAUGAUUCUGCCAAGCUUGAUUACGGGGAAGUUAGUAAUAAUAAGUCUUCCGCGGAUGCCAAAUCAAGGGUAUCCUCUCCGAUCUCCAACUCGCCAUCCACUGCACCGCAGUCAUCUUUAAUUCUGCAUACAAAUGGUAGCACGGCACCAACUAACAUGUCCGCAGUCGCACCCAAGAGGAAACGUCCUCGACCGGUGAAGUACGAGGAUGAGAAUCCUUCGGCUUUUACAGUUAGAACUGGUGGUCCCGUUACAUCUACAACCAAGGUUGAGAUUGACCCGUCCGAACAGCCAGCAAAGGCCGAAAUUCCGUCGCAUAAUUCCGAUAAUGGCGGAAUUUCGUAUGAUUUGGUUGCCGGUCCAGCAGCAUCAGCUCAGGCAGAGCUGCCAUUGGAGGCGUCGGAUAAGCCAGAUGGUAACUUCAUAUCCGAUUCUAAGCCCUUGACUGAAGAAUCGGAGAUUAGAGAUUUGGGUGAGACCAAAGAGGAGCCGGAGUCUCUAAAGAAGGAAUCUCAUUCUAGGCUACAGUUUGAUGUUAAUCGUGAAAAUCUGAAUGCGACAAAAGCGAAUUCAACACUUUCUCAGAUUGAAAGCCAGCGGGAGAAGUUCCAGAUAGAUCUGAUGGCUCCUCCCCCAGUUAGAUCAUCUCCGGAAAGGGACGCUGAGAUUGAUUUUGUGGCUGUGGAUGGUAAAGCGGUCACGGAUGUAGAAACGGAAACAAAGUCAAAUGGAAAGGAAGAUGUUAGCACAGUGAAAAGUUGUAAAGGAGAUGUGAAUGCAGAAGUUGAGGAGAACAAGGCGAAAGUGGCCGCCGAAGUUGAAUCUGAGAAGCGGGUUGUUAGCAAAGAUAACAAAACUCACCAGAAUGGCCAAAAGCAACGGCAAUUACACAAUCCAGACAAAAAUGCUCAAUCAAAUUCUUUACCUCUGCCAGUGUCUAUGUCUAGCUGGCCUGGUGGGCUUCCUCCCAUGGGAUACAUGCCACCUCUACAAGGCGUUGUCUCCAUGGAUGGGAGCUCUGUUUCUUCUACAGCAAUGCAGCCCCCGCAUUUGCUUUCUAGUCAUGCCCGGCCAAAGAGGUGUGCUACCCAUUGUUACAUUGCUCGGAAUAUACACUACCACCAGCAGUUUUCAAGGAUGAACCCAUUCUGGUCUGCUGCAGCUGGAUCUGCCUUUUCAUAUGGGGCUAAGGCCUGCAAUGUUGGUGUUGUGCCCUCUACAGAAUUGCUUGCAAAUAUUCCUGCUAGGGGAUCUGCACAAGAUAAAGGACAGGGACUGGCAAUAUUUCCCGGUAAUUCUGGGAAAGACAAAGGCUCCCCAGCUGUCAACAUGGUGGAUGGGGCCCAGAGAAAUCAAAUUUUACUUCAGCAAGCAGUACCCGCCGGAGGUUCGAGUAAUAUCUUGCAUGGCCCUGCUUUUAUAUUCCCUUUAAGCCAGCAACAUGCAGCGGCUGCUGCUUCUGUUUCAGUAAAGUCUUCUCCUGCUGCUACUGGACAUGGAGCUUCAUCAAGUACUUCUAGUACAGCAACAGCAUCAGCAGCAGCUGCUGCCUCGGCAAUGAGUUUUAGCUACCCAACUAUUCCUGGCAAUGAGACUCAAUACUUGGCAAUUUUGCAAAACGGUGCCUAUUCAAUUCCAAUUCCUGCACAUGUUGGAGCUCCUCCAGCUUACAGAGGAGCCCAUGCUCAGGCAAUGCCUUUCUUUAACGGGUCAUUCUAUUCUUCUCAAAUGGUUCACCAGUCUUCACAACAUCAGCAGCAGCAAAUCCCAGCUACUCAGUCACAGCAGGGUCCACACCAACAGGGUCACCAAAAUCCAAGCAUUUCCAGUGGUUCUUCAUCCUCCCAGAAGCAUUUGCAAAUGCCUCCCAGCAGUGGUGGCAACGGAAAUUUGUUAGGCUUUUCUGCACAAAAGAACCUGACCUCACAGUCUUUACAGCUUCAGCAGAGGCACCAGCCACAGAAUCAAGUUGUUUCUCAUCAAGCUCGCCAACUUGAAAGUGAGGCAGGUAGUGUAGAUAGCCCUUCAACUGGAGACAGUAGGGUUUCUCGUGCAAAUAUGAGUAUUUAUGGGCAAAGCUUUACAAUGCCCUUCCCACCCCCAAAUUUCGCUACGACGACUCCAGCAGCAAUGAGGACUGCUACUCGCACAAAUGGCAACCACAUUGAGAAAAAACAGCAUUCCCAACAGCAGGGCUCGAAGGCUGGGGUUGAAUCUCUUCCAUCUCAAGCUUUUGCAAUGUCAUUUGCAUCAAUGAAUGGUGCUGCAACUAUGUCAGGCCUUGAUAUUUCGUCCUUGGCACAGAAUCAUGCACUUCGCCAGAGCCUCCCCGAGUCUACAAGGCAUGGCUAUCAUGUUAUGGCAGCUGCUCAAGCACCCCAGCAUAAGAAGAAUUAUCAUGCUUCUGAAGAAGGCAAAACUGGUGGUAGUGAUGCUUUGAACGUGGAUGAAGAUAGAAAGGCCAUGGCUGGAAAGAUUCCUUCAACUGUUGGGCAGUCUAUUGCUUUCUUUAGGUCAGAUGCAACAGGCUCAACAUUACCUGGAAGCCCUGUUGUUGAUAGUUCUGCACGCACAAUCAAUCUUGGUUCAGCUUCUCAUCGUGCUUCAAAUUCUAUAACGUCAGCUGCUGUCAGCACCGUUGAGUCUUCCAGUGCUCAACAACAAUUACAGUAUGAAAGGUUUCAGCAUCAGCACUUGAUGGUUCAUAAGCUUCAGCAGCAAGCACAAGCAGCUGCUGUUGCAGCUCGAGGAAAAACACCAGGGAUAAGUAAUGGAGGCAUCUAUCCUGAUCAAGUCAUUUCUUCAUCCUCUGUCAGUGCCAAGUUUCCUAAUGUAUCUGCAUUCCCACAAAGUCUUGUUCAAGGCAGCAGUAGUCCUGGCCAGUCUCCGCAGUGGAAGAAUUCUGCGAGGACGGCAUCCCAAGUUCCUUCUCCAACCACAACUUCUUCCUCCGUUAAAAAUCUACCUCAACAGCAAGGCAGAUCACAACAAAGCCAAACACAGAUAUCUUUUGCGUCUAACCCAAAAACAUCAACGGCAGGGCAGGUGCAACUAACAUCUGUUAGCAACCAAUCACCAUCUUCGCCAAUGGUGGUUGGCUCACCCACAUCAUCCAUUUCCAGGAGUACUGGUGGAAGCCCCAGGACAACUGCUUCUACCUCCACAGGCAACAAAGGUGGACAAGCGUCUGCCUUAUCAUCUCAGCCAGCCAAGAGCCCGUCGUCACUGCCUAGCCGCAAAUCAUCCCCUGUGAGUGGCAGGAGUGUUCCAUCUUUUGUUGGGAAUCCCAACAUCUCAUCUUCAACCACGGGAACCAAGUCUCAACUGCCUCAGCAACAACAGCAACAGCAGCUGUUGCAAAAGCAUGCAGUGCAGCAAGCCCAGAUGCUGUUCCCCAGUGCAUAUAUGCAAGUUCAAGGUCAGCAUGCAGCAAAUACAACAAAUGCCACAUCAGCUUCAAGUGGGUUCUAUCUCCAAAGACACCGCAAUGAGCAACAUCAGCAGUUGCAAAGCUCUUCAGCAACGUCGUCCUCUGGGAUGUUGUCAUUGUGCCCUCCUGUCGCACAUAAUACCAGCACUUCUGAUCCCACAAAGGCAAUUGCUGCUGCUGCUGCAGCAGCUGUGGCUGCUAGCAACAUGAAAGGUGGCAUCCUAACAUCCCAAGGUCUCAUGCGUGCUCCGUUUGCUGCAACACAGUCUUCUGCUAAGCCCCAUCAGCUUGUCCCUACUGGCUUCUCCUAUGUACAUCCUGUUCCCACCCCAGUUCAGGUAAAACCAACAGAGCAGAAACAUGAGUAGAUUAAUGUUCCCAGGGAACAUGAUGGAAAAAAAAGGCACUGAUUGAGCGGAUGGUCUUGCUUGGGGUUUUGUAGAAUUAUGGAGAUGACGACAGUUUCUCCUGCCCUGGAAAUGACAAUCGAAAUGCUCCCUGGCAUCAUGUGAAAGGAUGAGCACCAAAGCAGGCACGCCAUUAGCAGUUUAACACCCACAAUUUUGGGAAGGAAGCAGCUGUCUGUAGUUGGGAAUAUUUUUUGUUCUGUGUGGAAAUGGGUUCUGCAAUGUGAAAUUCAACUGGUUUUAUGGACGGGGGGUAGUGCUGGGAAAGUAGUUGAAGAUGAGGGAGAUGGCGAAAUACCAUCCUUCCCUCCCUUCUUUUGGGGCUGUAAUGGAGGUUUUUAGGUUUUUUUUAAUCUCCUUUUUCAGAUUUAUUGAUAUCUUCUUUGUCAAGGUCCUAGAAACAGCGGUGAAUCUUUCAUUUAAUAUAUAUAACAUGAAAUGGAGGGUGUACAUGUAUCUGUCCGGCACAUAUAGAUAUACUAGCAUCCCUCGUAAUUUUUCUUUAUUAAUCUUUGGAGCCGCCUCCCUUGUCUUGUGCCGCGGUUGAUGACACUCUCUUGUCUGAUUAUUUUAUGAUACAAGCUGCCAACCAACUUUACGUGUCU